AUGAGUUUGAUAAAAAGUUCCCGUGGUCAAGAUUUAUUAGUGGUGAAGCAUCAUUCGUUCUCGAAACAGAAAGUGUUAAAAAGCGGCGAGAUAUUUUGGCGCUGCAUCCAAAGAAACACUAAGUGUUCCGCAAAAGUGUUUACAAUAGGCUGUGAGGACCUCACUAUCACAAGAAGUGAUUUGGUACAUAAUCAUGAAGCCGAUCCAAAAAAGCUUGAAGUAAAGAUGGUAACCAAUGCAUGUAAAAGAAAAGCCCAAGAGGACAUAUCGGAAAAGCCUGCCAAAAUUACAAGAACUGCUGUUGCUGAGUGUGAUGCCAAUUUGAUGACGGUUCUUGACAUAGCUAGCAUAAGAAAGAACAUUUACAACUGUCGUCGUAAACUGUUACCAGAUCCGUUACCAAGAAGCAUAUCAGAAGUCCAUAACGCGUUAAAAGAAUUUCAAGUAGACACUUAUGUCAAAAUAAAUAGUUUACAUAUACCAGCAAAAAUCAAAGAUACUACUGUUAAGGCUAAAUUGGCAUUUUUGGAGAAAAUGAUGGAUAAACUACGAUCCCAACAAAUACGCUUUCUUGAAGAGGAAAACACAUCAGAAACUCAGAAAACAAUACAUCUAUAUUCAUGUAGUAAAGAACAACCUAUGCACCAACCCAUUGAAAAAAAAACAAAUUGUAAAAUUUGUUUUAAGCAGUUCGCUCAUAAAAGUUCUUUGAAUCAUCAUUUGAAAAUUCACACUGGAGAAAAGCCUUACAAGUGCGAAAUUUGUUUUAAGCCGUUUAUUGGUUCGAGUGGUUUAAAAAGACAUUUGAGAUUGCACACUGGGGAAAAACCUCACAAGUGCGAACUUUGUUUCAAGCAGUUUACUUUCAAAAGUUCUUGGAAUUAUCAUAUGAAAAUUCACACUGGAGAAAAGCCUUACAAGUGUGAAAUUUGUUGGUUUCUCGAAGAGGAAAACCCAUCGGAAACUAUGAAAACAAUACUUGUACAUUCAUGUAACGAAGAACAACCUGUGCACCGACCUAUUGAAGAAAAAACAAUAAAUUAUAAAAUUUGUUUUAAGCAAGUUCAUCAAAGAAAUUCAUUAAACAAACACAUGAUACUUCACACAGGAGAAAAACCUUACACGUGCGACAUGUGCUUUAAGCAGUUUACUCAUAGAAAAUAUUUAGAUAGGCAUACUAAUGUACACAGUGAACAAAAACAUCAGUGUGAAAUUUGUUUUAAGCAGUUUUCUCUGAAAGAUAAUCUGAAAACACAUUUGAGAUUACACACUGAAGAUCAGCAUCACAAGUGUGAAAUUUGUUUUAAGAAGUUUCCGUAUAAAAGUUCUUUGGAUAAACAUAUUAAAGUGCAUACUGGAGAAAGACCUUUCAAGUGUGAAAUUUGUUUAAAGCAGUUUGCUCGUAAAAAUUAUUUGGAUGACCAUACGAAAAUUCACACUGGUGAAAAUCCUAACAAAUGCGAAAUUUGUUUUAAGCAGUUUACUAAAUCUAGUGGUUUAAAAAUUCAUUUGAGAUUCCACACUGGGGAAAAACCUUAUAAGUGCGAAGUUUGUUUUAAGCCGUUUACUCAUUCCAGUGGUCCGUUUACUCAUGCCAGUAGUAUAAAAGGACAUAUGAUAUUGCAUACUGGAGAAAAACCUUAUAAGUGUGAAAUUUGCUUAAAGCAGUUUGCCCAUAAAAAUUCUUUGGAUGCACAUACUAAGGUACACAUUGGCAAAAAACCUUACAAAUGCGAAGUUUGUUUUAAGCCGUUUACUCAUGCCAGUAGUUUAAAAGGACAUAUGAUAUUGCACACUGGAGAAAAACCUUAUAAGUGCGAAGUUUGUUUUAAGCCGUUUACUCAUGCCAGUAGUUUAAAAGGACAUAUGAUAUUGCACACUGGAGAAAAACCUUAUAAGUGUGAAAUUUGUUUAAAGCAAUUUGCCCAUAAAAAUUCUUUGGAUGUACAUACUAAGGUACACACUGGCGAAAGACCUUACAAAUGCGAAAUUUGUUUUAAGCAGUUUACUAAUGUGAGUGGUUUAAAAAGACAUUUAAGAUGGCACACUGGGGAAACACCAUACAAGUGUGACAUUUGUUUUAAGCAGUUUCCGUAUAAAAGUUCUUUGAAUAAACAUAUUAAAGUUCAUACUGAAGAAAAACCUUUCAUGUGA